GAGGUGCUCAAAGAGCUACUUUUUCUAAGACUGAGGGUGAUCACCCAGAAGGGCUGCGGAGAUGGAGUCCUGUCUGGUCUGGUCUGGUCUGUCCAUUACAAGACUCUGCAUGCUUCUUCUGUGUUCUUACCUGGGGCCAGGUAAUAAAGCCAACCAAGAGGGAGAUGGAUGGGGAGGGCAGCCACGUGGCGUAAUAAAGCCCAGCCCAGGAGGCACUGACUAGGAGGAGGAGUGUCCAGCCAGCCAGAGUCCACAGAAGGAGAGCUUUGUCACUCACCCUUCCAGGAGAACAAGGGAGGGGAACCAGCCAGACCAUGCCCAGGACGGGGACAGGAAUGGGCCGCAGGAGCCCGAAGGAGUCCGAGAGCUCUGAAGAGGAAAUGGAAGGUGUUUUCUGGGAUGCCAGGGGGGAUUUUGGGCAGCUGAAGGCCAGUGGGACCUCCCAACACUCCAGCGACAUUGAAGGACUCAGAGUGCGGAAGAGCAGCCGACCGGUGAGAUCGAAGGCCAGGAGGAUCGCUGCCAACGUUAGAGAGCGCAAGAGGAUCCUCGAUUAUAACCAAGCUUUCAAUGCCCUCCGGCUGGCGCUCAAGCAUGACCUCAGUGGCAAACGGCUGUCCAAGAUCGCUACCCUCAGGAGGGCCAUCCACCGGAUCACCUCGCUGUCCAUGUUCCUGCGCUCCGGCUCGGCUGCCCGAUGGCCCUGCAGCCACCAGGAAUGUCAGACCCAGUAUGGCAGAGUCCAGGAGGAGGAAGCUGGCUGGGAGGGCCACCCACAGCCCUUCCAGAUGCCCUUGGACUACAGCUACGGAGAAGCUGCUCUUCCCUUCCAAGCACAUCCUCCUUCUCCUCUCUACUUGAAGUAUUCUCCUGAGUUUUCCUCCCAGCUGGAAAGUCAGAAGGAGGACUCCAUCCCACCCAAUGCUGCGUACCACUCCAGUGGGAGCCGUCCUCUUGGGGAACAGCCGCCUUGCUAUCCAAAGUUCGUGGACAAUCUCUGUGCUCCCUCUCCGAGAACAAUUCCCUGGCAGCUUGGGUACCUCCGAGGACCGGGGCCAGGUUACCAGCAGUCUCUGCCCAUGCACUGAAUAGGAAGGAAGUCAGGGGGAUGCUUUUUCAGCAAUUCAAGUAAGAAUAGAACCAACAAGCUCUGGGGACAAAUCCGCCCACUCUGGGAACAUCCAACAAAGAUGUAACAAGACGGCAUUGGAAGGGAGACGCUAUGACCCUGGUGGGGGGAGUGAAUCCCUCCUGGAAGGGUGGGAGGGGGGACUAAAUGCAGACACGGUGACUGUGAGUAAGACUCAGGGGCAGAGCUGCAGGGUCUCUUGUGGUUGGGGCUGCUCCCCUAAGUCUUCAGGAACUGCUGCAUAUGACUGUCAGU